GUGGGCGAGCCCAUCCGUGGGGGAGGCCGGCGCCUGGCAGAGCGUCCUUCGUCUCGAAAAAGGGGGCACUCCUCCUGCUCUCCCCUCCGCGUGGUAGUGCCCAGGACGAGGAAGAGGCGAGGGCCUGAGGCGACCGUCGGCGUCGAGCGGCUAGAAGGUGGACGCUGGUGGCGAUGCGGGGUCGGUGUGCGGCCGCCAUGAGGCACCUGCCGUACUUCUGCCGUGGGGAGGUGGUGAAGGGCUUCGGCAGGGGCUCCAGAGAGCUGGGCGUACCCACCGCUAACUUUUCUGAGCAAGUAGUCGAAAGCUUUCCAUCCGAUAUCCCUACUGGUAUAUACUAUGGAUGGGCCUCUGUUGGAAAUGGAGAUGUUCAUAAAAUGGUUUUGAGCAUAGGAUGGAAUCCUUUCUAUAAGAAUAUUAAGAAAUCAGUGGAAACACACAUUAUCAACACGUUCAAGGAAGACUUCUAUGGAGAAAUUCUUAGUAUAGUCAUUACUGGGUAUAUUCGAUCAGAAAAAAACUUUAAUUCUUUAGAGACACUCAUUUCGGCAAUUCAGGAGGACAUUGAAGAGGCAAAAAGACAACUAGAUUUACCAGAGCACCUUAAACUCAAGGACAACUUCUUUCAUCUACCAGAAGGGAAAAACCACUGAGCAAAAAACCUUUUUUUUUUUUUUUUUCCCCCUUGUUAUAAACUAUUCUUGGCCUAGUUACAUAUCAUAUAUUGUUUGAUACAACAUAGACUUGUGUGGUUGAUCUGUGUGGAAUUGAGUUAAUUCUCUUCACAGCAGCUCGUAUGGUGCUGUGUUUUAGAUUUGUGACCGAGCAUCCUAAUGUUUUAUCUGUACCCUAACAGUGUUUGCAUAGUGUCAAAGCCUUUUCUAUUUCUUGCUCUGAUUCAAGUGCAUCCAUUUGGGCUUUGCAAGAGGUCAGGAGGGGACAAAGACAUGCAGAUGACAUGAACUAACUAAAGAGAUGUUCUUUAUCAGUGUCAUGCUCUGCAAUAAAAUGGAAGGAGAGUGCGGUUCAGGUAGGUUAGCCAUCUUCUCUUGGGUAGCAGCUGGGCAGUGGUCUACCCAUGCAAGAUGGUGAGUAAUAAACAUUUUUCUCUUAUUAUGCUUCUUUGCUUGUUAAAUUAUCUUGACUCAUGAGUUUUCCUGCUUUUCCUUUCCUCUUUCCUUUCCCACUGGGAGUGAGCAGGACUGAGUGAGGGAUGUUUAUGUGCCCACCAGGGUUAACCCAUAACUGCUUGUUUGUGUGUCUGUGAUUGGAACUAAACGCUGAAGCCACACAAUGUGAUUUAAGUUUUCUUGUGUUGACUGGUCAUGAAACAAGUCGUGCAGAAGGAGGAGAAAACUAUUUUAGGUCCUUACAGAUACAAAUCUGUAUCGUACUAAUUGUUAUAGAGAUUUUAACACAUGUGGAACAUGACCAAAGUUAAUUCUGACCUCUGCUUGCUCCGAGUGUAGACAGUUAAAACAUAAAUGAAGAUUUUCAGUUUUUCACAGACAGAAUAUCAUUCUAAACUGAUUUCCCAGUUUUAUGUCAUCACAUCUGACACAUCAAGCAGCUUAGAAUAAAUGAGUCAAAAGUUGACUUGUCAUGCAGGAAGCCAAAGAUUGGAUAACAGUAUCAAGAAUAAUUCACUGUAGUUCUUAAUUUUGAUUGCAAUUGUUUAUUAGCCUUGAUUGAAAUUAAGGAAGUCUCUGUUAGUUACUGAAUUACUGGAAUAUGAAUACUUCUGCCUAGUUGACUGCACAUACUACAAUGUGUAAUGCAAACAGCUUCCUUCUGAUGAAAUGUUUCUCUAAAGUUCUGGAAAUUAAUGAUGAGGAGAAAGCUAAUGUAUGUCAAAGUUUUAGGAUGAAAGGAUAAUGAACAAGUCUUAGCAAUGUUUCUAAGGCAGAGAAGGUAACCAAAACAAAUUUGCAUUUCAGCUGCUGCUGCCUUAGAUAAGAAGAAACUUUGGAUUAACUAUUAUACUGACAGUGAAAUGACUCAGUAAAAUGUUGAAUUUAGAACGUAAAGCACAAAAGUAUCUUCAUCUGCACAAAGUAGAAGCGUAAUCCAGACUUUUCACUGUAGAUCAGUGGAAGUCUUCAGAAAUUUUUAGAAUAAUGUACCUUUAGUAAGUACUGAGUUUUUAAUAUAAAAGUUGCCUUUUCUGCGGCGUUCUCUACUCUGAAAUGUUUACACAGGUAAGUGAAGGAUGUACUGUCAAAAUUCAUUAUAUCUUGAGAAAAAUCUGUUAAAAUAUAAAUACAGGUGGUAGAGGACACUAUAUACUUGGAAGCCUGUGCUUAUGAAUCUACUCCCCCUGCUCUGUGACACAAUUUUCUGACUUUCCUCCUACUUUCCUCCUAUUUUAUUUUUUUAUUUCACUCUAGCAGUUUAGAGAGCUUGGACAAAAAAAAGCUUCAUGAGAAUUUCUUGAGGCAGUAUCAGCAUGCCAGGAGUUUAGUUCAACUCCUUUUAUUUAAACUUCACACCAUUACCAUGGGAUACUUUGGGAAAAGACAUUGAACAAGGCAAGGAAUCUUUAUUGCUGCAUAGAACUUUAGCAGAACUCACUGAUAGGAAUUGCUCAUCAUUCCUGUUGAUGGCAAGAAAAUGGAAGUACAGUUCUUGGGGGAGGAAAGAGUGAUUUCUAAAUAAGAACUUACUGCACUAAAGUAUGUUUUGGCCUGCAUUGCUAAGGUUGUUUACAGAUUUAACUCUCCAAAGACACUGACAGUUUUUCUUGUCUCUUAUCUGGAUAUUUUCAGCAUGCUUUAAUCUGCUUAGUAAGAAAACAUUUAAAAAAAAAUAUUUGCAUGAAAUAAAAAGAAAAAAAAAUACCAAAACAACAGUUUAAUAGACUUUACUGGAUUGCAUAUUGGAAAUAUAUGGGAAUUAUCUUGAAAGUAGUAGCAGCUCUUUUUUUCCUCUCUAAAAUAGAAAAAUGAUGAGGGGAUAUUUUCACUUUUUUUUUUUUUUUUCCUCCAGUGGAAUGCAUUCUUGAGUUUGUAACAAUGCCAAGUUCUUAUUUUAUAUUUUAUACUUCUGGAGAAACGACGGAAGCCAUGCUUGUCAAUGAAGUAUGUUUUAAAAGUGUUUGAAGAAUAAAUCUUUAUUCAUUGUA